AGUUGAACACCACUGCAGUAGUCAUUCUAUCAUGGUGGUAGUGUUGUUUUGUGUUCCGUUAAAAACGAAAUUUUUCUGCAUUUUAGAGAUUAUAAAGACAUUCUAAAUAAUAAAUUCUGUAAAUAUCGUGCUCAAUAAUAAUAUACAACCAUGAGUGAUAAAAGGCAACAGAAUUUAUCGAAAGAAGAAAUAGCAAAGCAGUUUAUGUUGCCAGAGAGAAAAAGCAAAAUUGCUACUUUAUUGAAACAGGAUGGACAAGCAUAUUGUAUCUGCAGAAGUUCUGAUAGCUCGCGUUUUAUGAUAGGAUGUGAUGCAUGUGAAGAAUGGUAUCAUGGUGACUGCAUAAAUAUAACAGAGAAAGAUGCCAAGCAUAUAAAACAGUUCUUUUGUAUUCGUUGCAGAGAAGAGGAUCCGACUCUCAUAACACGUUACAAACCUCGAAGAACAGAUCAAGAGGAUCGUAAAUACAAGAAACAUAAAGAGAAAGAAAGAGCACAUCGAUACGAGUAUGAUGCACCUUGGGAUCCUACAGCAGUAAAGAAAUCGUCUAAACGUUGUGGAGAAUGUACAGGUUGCGUGAGAACAGAAAAUUGUGGAAAAUGCGAUGCAUGCAGACAUUUAAAAAAAUUUGGGCCAUCAGUUAGAUUGAAGCUUAGAUGUAUACAGAGAACUUGCAGAGUGUUAGGUGAUCCAUUGAAACCAUCAAAGAGCUUCAACAAAAGCUCAAAAUUUAUUAAGAAACGGAAAAGAGAUUCCAGUAAUGAAAGGAAUGAACUUUUGGAAGUACCACGACACUGUUAUGGACCCGCUUGUACGAAACAAUCUCGACCAGGUAGUAAAUAUUGCUCGGACGAGUGUGGCUUGAAAUUAGCAACUAACAGAAUUUACCAAGUACUACCUCAACGGAUUCAAGAAUGGUCACUGACACCAUGUAUAGCAGAGCAGAAUAAUAGAAGACAAUUAGAAACAGUUAGGAAACAGCAGCAAGACGUUCGAAGAAUACUUCAGGAGCUGGAUAAGAGGCACGCAGAGUUGGAUAGAAUUAUCGAACGCGCCAAGCACGCGAUGAUUGAUCCUCAGACAGAAGUGGAUGACAACGACGACACAGAAAUGAGCAUGUAUUGCAUUACUUGCGGCCAUGAAAUUCAUUCGAGGACUGCUAUCAAGCAUAUGGAAAAGUGUUUCAAUAAGUAUGAAUCUCAAGCAUCCUUCGGUUCAAUCUUCAAAACUCGUAUUGAAGGACAAGUAAUGUUCUGUGACUUUUACAAUCCUGUGAAUCGCACUUAUUGCAAAAGGUUAAGGGUUCUUUGCCCCGAACACUGCAAAGAUCCAAAGAUUAGUGAAACCGAAGUGUGUGGUUGUCCGUUGGUUACAAACGUGUUUGACACGACUGGUGAAUUUUGUCGAGCGCCAAAGAAGAGCUGCGUGAAGCAUUACGUCUGGGAAAAGUUGAGGCGAGCAGAAAUUGACAUGGAGAGGGUGAGACAAUGGCUGAAAAUAGACGAACUCGUCGAACAGGAGAGGCAAAUUAGAGCGAAUAUGGCUACUCGGGCUGGUGUCUUGGCUCUAAUGCUUCAUUCUACAUAUAAUCAUGAAUUAAUGGAACAAAUGACGCAAGAACAAAACAGAGAACAGCUAGAAGCUAUGGAAGAGGAACUGCAGCGAAGGUACGGCUUGCUCCAAAAGGAGCACACCGCAGAAUAAUGAUUGUUUUUGCUAUAAAUGGUGUCUUGUAGCUGAUGGUAUGUUGAAUUUUAUAACAUAUCUCCAUGAUGUGUUCAAUAUCGUAUUUAUAAUAAUAUACUGUACAGAGUAAUAUUAUUAAUAGCGAAAAAUAGGAACGUAUAAUGUUUAACAAAUAAGAUUCGUGAUUAGGAAUGAUCUAGAAUAAAUGAUAAAUUUGUAAAAUAGUUAUUGUUAAGAAUUAUGAAAAAAUCUUCUAGAGUGAAUUGAAGAAAUACGAUUACUCGAUUAUUGAGAUUUAAUUAAGAAUGAAAUUAUUCAUAACGAAAAGAAAAAGAUUAUUAAAGCAAAAAUAUUAGAAAUAUAAAAGAUCGAAAUACUCGGUUCAAUGAAACUUUUGCAAUAAUAUUAUAGUUGACUCGCUUAAUAAUAAAAUUACACUAAUUAAAAAUUAAUAAAAAUUACAAAUUACAAUAAUAAAUUUACAAGUUAGAGAAUAAAAGGGCGUAUAGUUACAGAAAAAGAAGCUGCAAAAAAAAUAGAAAAAUUACCUCUGGCUCGACUUUGUAUAAUUGUGUAUUUCUCUUUAUUUAUAACGUUCAAUUAAACUUUUGUAAAUUCAAA